AUGGAGUUAUUUUCCAUUUCAGGCUUUGCUAGAGCUGGUCCUUUAGCCCUCUUCCCAGUGUCAACCGAGAGGGUGAUCACCUGUGACAGCCUCGACAAUGUACAACGCCUGAGCUGUGAGAAUGGAGUGAUCAUUGUGCAGUCAGUUCUGUACGGAAGGACAGAUGCAGAAACCUGCAGUGAGGGGAGACCUGCAGAACAGCUUAAAAAUACACAAUGUUCCCAGGUUGGCGCCCUGAAGGUUGUCAAGAGCAGAUGUGAUGGUCAGAAGGUAUGUGAAAUAAAUACAAACCUCUUCCGUACUUCUGAUCCGUGCUACGGCAUUUACAAAUACGUGGACACCACCUACGCCUGCUUCCCAGCCAUCCACAGUGUGACAUGUGAGGAUUCUCUGGCAAACCUUCAGUGCGGUGAAGGACAGGUUUUACUUAUUCACAGAGCUGAUUACGGACGUCGUGAUGCAACUACAUGCUCUUUCAAUCGUCCAGCCUCUCAGCUCCAAAAUGUCCAAUGCUCAAAGCAAAUAAACAAAGUAGCCGAGAGCUGUAACGGGAAAAGCAGCUGUACUGUCAAAGUGAGCGGCUCUGUGUUUGGAGACCCAUGUUAUGGCACCUACAAGUACCUGGAGGUGGCUUACAGCUGUCACUUUGCAGAUGAAAGCUGAAUGCAGCUGAAUGGAGGAAAUCACUGACAUCAAAUACUAUCAGC